AUGGAGAAACUCAAUGUCUCAGUGGUGACUGAAUUCAUCCUGAUGGGCAUCACUGACCACCCUGAGCUGCAGGCCCCAUUGUUUGGACUGUUCCUCAUCAUCUACCUGAUAUCACUGGUGGGCAACUUGGGAAUGAUCAUCCUCACCAUGGUGGACUCCAGGCUGCAAACACCCAUGUACUUUUUUCUCAGGCACCUGGCUAUUACAGAUCUUGGUUAUUCUACAGCUGUGGGACCAAAAAUGUUAGUAAAUUUUGUUGUCGAUAAAAAUACUAUAUCCUUCAAUCUUUGUGCUAUACAGCUAGCUUUCUUUCUUGUGUUCAUUGUUAAUGAGCUUUUUAUUCUGUCUGCAAUGUCCUAUGACCGCUACGUGGCCAUCUGUAAACCACUUCUCUACACUGUCAUCAUGUCAAAAAGAUUAUGCUGGUUACUAGUGGUAAUCCCCUAUCUCUACUGCACUUUUGUGUCUCUUCUGGUCACUAUUAAGAUUUUCACUUUGUCUUUCUGUGGCUACAAUGUUAUCAGACAUUUCUACUGUGACAGUCUCCCCUUGUUAACUCUUCUCUGCUCAAAUACACAGGAAGUUGAAUUGAUAAUUCUCAUUUUGGCAGCCUUUGAUUUGAUUUCCUCACUUCUGGUCAUCCUUGUGUCCUACCUGCUCAUCCUCAUAGCCAUUCUCAGGAUGAACUCUGCUGAGGGCAGGCGCAAGGCUUUCUCCACCUGUGGGUCCCACCUCACAGUGGUCAUCAUCUUCUAUGGGACUUUGAUAUUUAUGUAUGUUCAGCCCCAGUCCAGCCACUCCUUUGACACUGAUAAAGUAGCUUCCAUCUUUUACACCUUGAUUAUCCCAGUAUUGAAUCCCUUGAUCUAUAGUUUGAGGAACAAAGAUGUAAAGUGUGCUCUACAAAGGACAGUCAAUAAUUUGUUGAAAUUAUUUUCUUUAUGCUUUCAUAAAAUGUAA